GAUUAUAAUGAGUUGGAUCAUUUAAUACCAACCUUUAAUAAUUUAAAAUCUUUGUAUUUAUUUAAUAAAGUUAAGGAUUCCAAUAUUCCCAUCAAAAAUGUAACAGACAUAUUAUUAUUAGAAGGCAUAUAUUUUCCAAAUCUUGAAAAAUUGAUUGUGGAAAUUCAUCACCAGAAUUUUUCGUUUAAUAUGAUUAGCUUCAUUGGAAUGAAUGGAAUGAAUCUUGUAGCUCUGAGUAUCGAUGGUAAUCCUAAUGACACAGCGUAUUUGGGAGUGCUAAUCCAAUCAAUUAGUCAAAAUUGUCAAAAUCUAAAAUAUUUAUCAUUGCUGUAUCAAAAUGAUUUAAAUCCACCAUUAGCUGGAGUAUUUAAUAAUUGUAAAAAAUUGAGAUUUAUUAGUUUAAAGUUGCUGUCAGCUGGAACUUUAAUUUUAGAUGCUGAUAUAAUAAUCAAAGUUUUGAAUGCAACUUUACCUAGAAAUUUGGAUACAAUUAUAUUUGCAACAAGAGCUAGUCUUUACAACUAUGAUAUUGUUCGACUUUCUGCGUAUCCUAAUAACCUUUUUCCAGUUUAA